UUGGGCCAAAUAAUAAAAAACAAUAAUUAAGUGGGCUUUUACGGUUACGUAAUCAGGUUAUGGGUCAGGAGUUACCUAACAUAACUUCCAUCCUCUAACUGAGACGAUACAACCAAAGUGACGGUUAUGCACGGCGGCGAAACAGGAUCCAAAACGAUGACGAUAGAUCGGAAAAGUGGUUUCUGCGACUCAACCUCCGUUUUCCACAGCAAACGCGAACCAAUGUCUCUCCCGCCAAACCAACACCUCGACGUCACAUCUUUCAUUUCAUCACAGCCUCACCGCGGUAAAACCGCAUUCGUCGACGCCGUAACCGGUCGUCGCCUCGGCUUCUCCGAGCUCUGGCUCGGCGUCGAGAGAGUCGCGUCUUGCCUUUACGCAUUAGGCGUUCGCAAGGGCAAUGUCGUCAUUAUAAUAUCCCCAAACUCAAUCCUCUUCCCCAUCGUCUCCCUCUCCGUAAUGUCACUCGGCGCCGUCAUCACCACGGCGAAUCCGAUCAACACUCCGGGAGAAAUCUCGAACCAGAUCGGAGACUCGCGCCCCGUCCUCGCCUUCACCACGCGCCAGCUCGUCUCCAAGCUCUCGAACUCGAAUCUCCCGGUGGUUCUCAUGGACGAGAACCGCGUGGCGUAUUCCGGCGAAGGAGCACGGGGCAAGAUAGUCGGGAGCUUGGAGGAGAUGAUGGAGACGGAGACGGAGCCGAGCGAGUCGCGAGUGAAGCAGCGAGUUAACCAGGACGAUACGGCUGCUCUGUUAUACUCAUCAGGCACGACGGGGAAGAGCAAAGGAGUAAUGCUGACUCACCGUAAUUUAAUAGCUUUGGUACAAGCGUACCGAGCCCGGUUCGGUUUAGAGCAGCGAACCGUCUGCACGAUCCCGAUGUGCCACAUAUUCAGCUUCGGCGGUUUCGCGACGAGCUUGAUCGCCCUAGGGUGGACGAUCGUGGUUCUUCCCAGGUUCGAGAUGGCUCAGCUUCUCUCCGCCGUGGAGAUUCACCGUCCUUCGCAUCUCUCUCUCGUCCCGCCGAUGCUGGUCGCCAUGGUUAACGGCGCGGAGGAGAUCAAUUCGAAGUACGACUUGAGCUCGUUGCAGACCGUCGUGGUCGGAGGAGCUCCUCUGAGCAGAGAGGUGACGGAGAAGUUCGUUGAGAGAUACAGUAACGUUAGAGUUCUGCAAGGCUAUGGCUUGACCGAGACGGCGGCUAUAGUUGCUUCUAUGUUUACUAAAGAGGAGACGGAGAGGUACGGAUCCUCUGGUUUGCUUGCUCCGAGUGUGGAGGGCAAGAUUGUGGAUCCGGAUACGGGUCGGGUCUUGGGGGUGGGUCGAACCGGGGAGCUUUGGCUCCGGAGUCCGACCGUUAUGAAAGGUUAUUUCAAGAACGAAGAAGCUACUGCUUCUAAUAUUGAUUUAGAAGGAUGGUUGAAGACUGGAGAUUUGUGUUACAUUGACUGUGAAGGUUUUGUCUUUGUUGUUGAUAGAUUAAAGGAGCUUAUCAAAUGCAAUGGUUAUCAGGUUGCUCCAGCUGAACUAGAGGCAUUGUUGCUUGCUCAUCCAGAGAUUGCUGAUGCAGCAGUAAUACCCAUCCCUGACAUGAAAGCUGGGCAAUAUCCAAUGGCAUAUAUCUUAAGAACAGCUGGAAGUAACUUAUCCGAAAGUGAAAUCAUGGGCUUCGUCGCAAAACAGGUAUCUCCAUAUAAGAGGAUACGUAAGGUCACGUUUUUGGCUUCAAUCCCUAAGAAUCCUUCUGGCAAAAUUUUAAGAAGAGAACUUGUAAAGCUCACAACCUCAAAGCUCUAGCAGGAAGCUGUGUCCACCAUCUUUAUCUGACCCUUCAGUAUUCGUUAACUCAUUUAUUUAGUUAAUUCUUCUAUGGAAAUCUCAGUCAAAACUGAAUAUUGAUAUACAAACUUGCAAGGCU